AUGGCUGGCUGGGUGCAGCCAGCGAUCUUCAAUCCAGUCGACUGCCUCCGAAUACGCUGGCAAGUCUCAGUCGCUGAGACCACUUUCGCCAAGUUCACUGCAGAGCUGCUUCGAAAAGAGGGCCUCUGGCAGGGCUUGUGGAGACCGGGGCUUCCUUUCAACAUGUGCGCCGUGGCUGUGUCCCAAGGGCUCAGAAUGGGCCUUUACCCCACCGCGCGAGAUGCCCUGCAGACUUUGCUGCCGAGCGAUGGGCAGAAGUCCAGUGCAGCUAUGAUCGGCGCCGGCUUGAUGUCAGGGUCGUUUGCCUACUUCACCGGAGCCCCUCUCUGGCUUGUGAAGACACGAAUGCAGGCCGCAGUGCAAUUUGCUGCCGAUGGCGCUUCUACAGCCGUGCAGAUCUACCCUGUGCACCUGAGCGACUACUGGCGGGGCUGUUCCCCUCUCAUUUUUCGUGGCGCGUUGCUGACGGCCGGGCAGAUGUUCGGCUACGAUGGCACCAAAACUGCUGGGCGGCGACUGGGCUACAAAGAUGGUCCAGUACUUCAUGUCGCUGCUGCAACAUCGGUGGCUUGCUGCAGCAUUACGGGCCACAUCCUGAAGUGUUGCUGUUCUUGUAGAAACUCUUGGUGCGCGUGCGUAGCUGCAUGCCGGCGUGCCUGCGUGCAUGCAUGCAUGCAUGGAUGUGUUUGUUUGUUUGUUUGUUUGUUUGUGUGUGUGUGUGUGUGUUUGUGUGCAAGAGAGCAUAUGUGUGCACGUAUAUACACACGCAUAUGUACAUAA